GCACAGCAAAACAGCACAGAUACCGGGACAGAAACAGAGCCAACUUCAGACUUGCCAGGCACGUCACAGGGCGCAUCCAAUGUGGGACGUCCAGCUAAGAAUUGGGACACUCUCUCAGAUCGUUCUAAAAAAAGAAAAGCACACCACCUUCUAGGAGACAGGGAACCAGAGGAACUUCUAUAUGCGGCAUCUCAAUGCGUGUAUAAGAAAAAUUCAAGUUUGAAAUAUGUGUUGAAAUUCGCAAUGCUAACACCAUCAAGACCAGCUAAAAUAAGGAAACUGAUAUCAGAAAAAAAGAAAGAACCAUUAAAAUUCUCAAGUGAAGAAGCUUUGUCACUUUUAGUUGAAACAGGAAUGACAAAACAGGCAUACCAAACAACCAGACUUGCUGCAAAAGGUAAAAAUGCUGAUAUUUAUCCACCGUAUAACGAGAUUAGGAAAGCUAAGGAAAAAUGUUAUCCCAAUGACAUCUCAGUCACGGAAGACUCUGGGAAAGUACCCCUCCAAAGCCUCUUAGACCACACUGCACUUCGGAUAAUUCAGGAGCAGAAGGACACUAUCACGCAAGUCAUUGAAAAUUUAGAAGAAGAUGAACAGUUCAAUUGUGAAUUGGUGUGCAAAUGGGGCUUUGACGGCUCAUCAGGCCACAGUGAAUACAAACAGAAGUCUACUGCAGGUACUUUGGAUGACAGCAGCAUAUUCUGCACUACUCUAGUUCCGCUGCAAUUGAAGGUAAAAGACAGUAUUUUGUGGCAAAAUCCGGUUCCUUCUUCGUCAAGAUUUUGCCGACCCAUUCAUCUUCAAUUCAAGAAAGAAACAACUGAACUCUCUCAGGAAGAGUAUAGAUCUGUUCAAGAUGAAAUCAAGAAAUUGCAACCUAUGAACGUAUCUUUGGACAUUGAUUAUGAGCUGGCAGCAGAUCUAAAUAGGAACUACAACAUACAGAUUAACUAUGAAUUGCACUUCACCAUGGUAGAUCAAAAAGUCGUGAAUGCUCUGACAGAAACCAAGUCAUCUUUGCGAUGCUAUGUCUGUGGGGCUACUCCCAAACAGUUCAAUGACAUAGAGAAACUUCCCUCCGCGUCAAAUGAGGAAGCUUAUAGCUUUGGACUCUCACCUCUACAUAAAUGGAUCAGAUGUUUUGAGAUGUGUAUUCACAUUGCUUACAGAAUUACGAUUAAAAAGUGGCGUGUUUCAACUGAAAAUGACAAAGCUGUCGUCGCUGCUCAGAAGAAGAAAAUACACGAUCGCUUCAAAGAGGAAAUGGGUCUUAAAGUAGAUGAACCGAAACAAGGAUCGGGAAAUACAAACGAUGGGAACACUGCACUCAGAGCAUUCCAAGAGGAGGACACCUUUGCUGACAUUUCACUCGAUGAGGUAAACCAAGUCUUCCUCGUCUGUGCACUUCACAUAGGUCAGAAGCCGCUGCAGGUUAUUGGUUUGUUCUCUGAUCAGUAG